AUGCUUCAUGCAGUGUUGUAUUUACAAUUCUGCACAGCAGCAAGUAGGCAUCUGAAAGCAUGGGGAACUCACAAGUGAUGAAAGAUCCUUUUAAAGCACAGCGUUCCGUGGCGUAGCUGCUAGCACGGCGAGCACAGCAUGUUCAGUGUGGAAGAUCUCUUAGUGUCUCAUGGAUACAGAGUGUCUAAAAACUCACUUUCUACGUAUCAGACCAGGAGUGACGGAUGUCAGGUUGAGUCGACAGAUAACAGGUCUGGCAACAAUGUGACAUUGAAUGGUUAUCAGACGGACCCGGAGGUCUUUGAUGCAAACCCAAAUCCUCUUGCUAAAAGCCACUUGGAGAGUGACUAUGAAAAGGGUUGUAUGAACAAGAGAAGGCAGAUACAUUCUGUUGGGUAUCCCAAAGGCCAACAAUGUUUCGAGCCAUGUCAUAAUUCGGAAACAGGGUUCCCUGACAGACCUCAACCUGAACGGUCCUGUUGGACAAAGACCAGUAAGGAUGUCCAGUACUGGAGAAGAAGAGCCCAAGACUUCAGCGUUUUAUUAGGACAAGGAGAGGAUGGAGGAGCAGUGGACAAGAUAAUAACAUCGGAUAUUGGAGGAAAACGGGAGUGCAGUAUUGUUGAAAGAAAUGUCACUGAUGGCAGUAACGUAGUAAACAUGGAAAAUGGAAGGAACAACAUGAUCUUUAAGCACUGGAAACAACCUCUUGAAGACAGGCAGGAACAUGCAAACAAAAACAUUACAAAAGAUUUUAAAGCAUCCGGGAGAGAAGGGUCAGAUGCAAGUAGUGAAAAAUCACCACAAGAAUUCAUCUCAGCUACUCAUGGAGACAAAGCACUUGUGUGUCAUAAUAAGCUAAAACCACAGUUGUUGCCAAAAGUUAUUUCCCCUGAAAUUGUAAGGCCUGCGAAUAUUCCCUCGGUUACAGGUGAUAAUUCUCCAUUGAAACACGAAAUAACACAAUUACAGGAUAAAUAUGUUGCAAGUAACGAUUGUAGACGCAAUUCAUUUUCAAAGCCGAAAUAUAGUCGACCAUCAAAGCCUCCGUCAUAUGAACUUCACCAGCAAACCUGGGGUGCUGUUGAAUCUAGUGAAAGUCCAGACAGUCAAAAAGAUGAACAGCUUUUGUUUUCUGGCAAAGUAGAAACUUCCCUAGAACCCUGUUUUCAAGAGACAUGCCUUGAGCCACCCAUUUAUAUACCACCGCCAUCUUACAAGUCUCCUCCUCUUCAAAAUGCUACUAAUCAGUCUUUUAUUAAAGUGCCUAAAGUUGGAGACUGUUGUCGCCAAAUUUACCCGGUGGAGAAAACCAGCACAAGUAAUAAAGCACUUACUAGUUUCCCAGGAAAUAAUGUUCCUUACGACAAACAAGUCAACCACGGACACGGUGACAACUGUAAAGAGUGCAUACAGUAUAUUUCUUUUGAUGACCCUUGUAUAAAGCAUAUUGCAGUGCCACAUGACAAAGAAAAGCAGGACCGUAGUAAAAAGCGCAUUGAAAUUAAGGAAUCUAAAAAUCAGGAAAGUAAUGUCCAAAAGAGAGAGAGAGUCAGUGCCUUUACCAAAUCCAAAAAUGGUGGGAACAAUUACGUGAAAAGAGAAGGUAUCAAGCACAAGCAAUGGUUACACGUCUCGAUUCCAGAUCAAAUGCGUUAUCCAUUGCCAGAAUAUAGAGAUGGGUCUACAGCAUGCAGUUUACCUGAUGACCAUGAACCUACUCACAAGCUAUCACUAAAAAAGACCCACUCCGACAGUGCUUGUGAAACUGUAACUAAAGUUAAAAAGUUUGGGCCUGACACCUAUCUUCGGAGCAAAAGAAAUUCGAAGAGAAGGCUAAAUGAAACAAUAUUUUGCUUGGUAUCUAUUCCAGUAAAAUCUGAUUCGGCCUCGUCAGAAAUUAGUAAGAAUAACAAAGGUUUAGCAGACGCUACAGAGAGGAUGAACAUGCUAAAACACAGCAGUGGGGGUCUGCCCGAGCAAAUGCUUUUAAGUACAUCUUCCAGUGACUUGGAGCUACAAACACUUACAGGAAGUAUGAACAAUAAUUCUGAGCUACUAAAGCAAGCACAGUCCAAAACAGAGGAAAACAAACAGGCAAAUGACCUCACAUCAGUUGAGCAGAGGAAACAUCGAGAACUUGCAUAUUCUGGUUCCUGGCCAGGUGACCAGUACAAAGAUCAGCAAACCCAAACUGUGUUUACAGAUAUACAAAAUUCAACGUUUUGUGAUGGUUCAAAAUCUAACGAACAGCACACAAAAUGUUCGGCGUCCAACUGUGGUCCAGCUGAGUUAAUACUAGCUCCAGAAAAUGUCAGGCACAAUAUGUACAGUAUGAAAGGCCAGAUGAGUCUUAGUCCUUCUAGCAACAGUGCAUUUUCAAGGACAUCCUCAUUAAUGACACAUAUAACUAAAGUAGAACCAUGCCAAAGGCUGGAGUUGUCAAAUGAGAACGCAAACGGAAAAGAAAAACUAGCAGUUGGUAAAUGUGAAAAGAAUGAGAUUGAGGAAGGAAUUUUUUGCAAUAAGAAAGAGGUUUUCGGUCAGUUUCUUUUGAAACCGGUCAAUCGUCGACCCUGGGAUGCAAUAAGUGAAUUGGAAAGUUUAAAUAAAGAGUUUCAAGAACAGGAACGUGCUAACGAGGGUGACAAAAAUGUUGCAAAGGACGAAACGAAGGAAGUCCCAAUGGAAAUCUGUACAACAAAAAAUGCCACUGAGAGCGAAAUGGCGAGUAGCCAUCAGAACGUGCUAAAAAUACAAGAGAUUCCAGCAUUUGAGCAGUUGCAAGAGAAACGUAAAUCAGAAAGUUGGUGCACAGAAAAGUUAAUACAUGACAAUAAAGAAAACGGAGAUAAAUUACAAAAAUGUGCCAAAAUGAAAAACAUCAAAAGUAAGUCUGGAAAGUUGCUAGAUGAAUGUGUGACAAAAGAAGUACAGUUUCAAAGCAAAAUAACUGAAAAUGCCACCGGCAUAAGUCAUUCUGUUACACCCAAUGUGCACCACAUUAAAUUAAAAAUUCAUACACACUCAAGUCAAGUACACAAUGAUAAAAGUCAAUGUGCUCCCGUAGCUAAUUCAUAUUAUUUUAGAGAAGAUAAAAAGUAUUUUGAGCGUCCAGCUGUGGAUGUUAUUAAAAUGACCUCUACAAAAUUUGGUGAAGUUAGUGAUACAAUGAAAAAACUUUCACAAGAAGACAAGAAUCAUGGGCAAUCUGUUCCUGAUUUAACAAAACAAGCUGACGACGGAAACCAUAAUGGAGAGUUAUACGAAAUGAACAAUGAUUCAGACAUUCCCGAGAACGAAUCACUUUAUGAACGAGCUGCCAGAAUUUUAGGAAUUGAUGUAGCAGGAGAUACUUUAGUGUCUCCUGGGUGUUCAGAAGCUCAAAGUCCAGAAAAUUUUACUUCCAAUGGGAGAGGUCAACUGGAGGAGAAGACAAAAGAGAAAUUUUGUGAAGUUUCCUUUUCUAUGAAGGAAACAUCUGGAGUUUUUAGUAAUUUUCAUCAUUCACCUACAGAUACAGAGAGACCUGGACAAAAGCUCAUGAACUUUGAACAAGGUCAGGUAUCACCACUGUCCAGCUCUCUGCACGGUGAGCUGAAUGUGUCCCGUAAUGCUGAAAAAAGAGUCAGGAACACAUCAAAGAUGAUUGAAACCUUACAAGGAAAGCUUGCGUCCACACCUGUACGCACGGCCGUUGAUCGUUUGGCCCGCAUGAAAGAAGUUGACUCAGUUUCUCGUAUGAGACGAUUAAGCAUUAAAAGCACAGAUUCAGGAGAUGAAGUAGAUGAAGAAAAGCAAUUGUACAGAGUACAAGAAACAGGAGCACGCAAAUUUUCCGCUGGUGCCAUUUACAAACGGGUUAUAUCACUUGAUGAAAGUCUUCUAAUAACAAAAAGCAGAGAUACUUUGGAUUUGUCUUUUGCUGAUGCCUAUGAUCCAGCCAGGGUUGAAAGAGUUUAAUCUGAAAUAUAGAGCAUAAAGAUGAGUAUAAUCAAGUCCAUGAGGUGCCAGGAGACAUGAAGUCACAGCAGUGGAAGGCCACGUUUUCUCUUUUUUUGGUAUUAACUAAAAAAAAAAAACAUGUUUUCUCCUAAGUUAUUUAUGGCAUGCCUGCGUAUACUGCCUUUAAUACUGCCAAAACAUUAUUACUCAUUGUAAUCUCAUAAUAUAUAAGCUAUAUUUCGGUGAUAAUAAGGAAAAACAAUUCAUAUGUCCUUAUGUAAUCUGAGAGAAGCACAGAUUCCCAGCCAAAUCAAACCAAUGUCGUUUGAUAAAGUUCAAAUAAGUAACAAGUUUAAUUUCUGUUUUGUUUCUUUGCUUUCUUUUUAACUCUUACGUUACAUUAUGCUGUUCUUCUGAAUGUAAUAUUGAACUGUGAACAACAAUUAAGAUAGAGGCAACUAGUGAGUUAACAUUUAUAUAUAUAUAUAGAUAGAUAUUCUGAAUGUAAUACUCUCUGACGCAUUUCAUAGACUUUCUAUGACCAUUGUAUGCCUACAGGAGAUAAGGAGAUAUAUUUAGUGUUAAUUUUGCUUGUGUUUGCAAAACAUGAAAUGAAUUGCAAUUAUCCAAAUUACUGGAUGUGAUAACUGAUGAUUGACAGAACAUUUGUAUGGUUGAAAAUAAUCUUUUAUGCAUAUUUUUUUAUUAUCUGUAUUUGGACAAAAGCCUGGCAAGAAUGAGUACCGGUAUAUAUAAUUGGACAGUUUUCUGUGUCGUUGGAUGCAACAAAUAUUUUUCACUAGGCUAGAGUGUUGCAUUUAAAAUACAUUGUAUAUGUAUGUAUGAUAUAUGUGCAUAUACAUAUAGAGAGGUAGCACUUUAUGUAUACAAAGUAAGUUGGUCUCUUUUGACAAGUGAUUUCACAGUAAGGAACAAGCUUUUAUGUGUAUAAUUUGUCUGUUGAGAACCAAGGGGGGCUAGACGUCAGAAAUCUUGAAAUACAUCACAACAUGAAAACAAUGUAUUUCUCAUCUUAAUGGAUGGCGUCGAAAAGCACUUUCAAAUAAGGUAAUUUAACAACGAAUGCAUUAAACAAAUUCACCUUUUCACAGAGGUAUGGUAGAGCCACAAAUUGUUAUGUGACGUGCGUUACUGUCACACGGACAAGAGAAUAAAGACAAUCUCUUUUGCUUGUGGAAUAAGAAAGCAGGGUUUGAAAGAAUACAGUUACAAAGCUACGAUCUUUGUGAUUAUCUGACAAUAC